AUGUCUCAAAAGCUUGUGCUAAUUACUGGUGUUUCUCAGGGCAUUGGAAAUGCAUUGAUGAGAAAUCUAUUGGCUAAGUCUUCAUAUAAGAUUAUUGGAACUGUUAGAAAUGCAAGUGAUAAAGAGAAAGUCAUGCAAUCACUUGUUUCCGAUCGGACUAAAAGUAAUUUGGAUGAAAGAGUGACCCUUGUAAAUAUUAAUUUUCUCAAAGAAUUGCAGAAUAAGCAAGAAGCCAAUGAUUGGAUCAAGUCAAUCAGUGCAGAUGCUUCUAAACAUUUCCAAAAUACCUUUACUGCCCCAAAUAUUCUCAUCAACAAUGCAGGAAUAAUGUUGAAAAAUGAUGAAAAUUUCAAGAACAUGUCAACUGUUCAAUUGGUGAGAGAUACAUUGAAGGUUAACUUUUUUACUCCAUUCUAUUUGAGUGAGAGUUUAUUGGACAUUAGUUCCUCAUCAGCUCAUUCCCCAACCAUCUUGAAUUUGGGAGCCAGAGUAUGUAAAUUAUCAACCAACAAUUAUCUGAAAUCAAUUCCAGAAAUUGGAGAAACUCUCAAAGAUAAAGUAUUCACUCCAGAAAAAUCUCAACUCACCUCAGAAGAUUUAUAUCAUCUUCUCACUCAAUCAGUUAUGAAAAAUCCAGAUUACAUGUCUACUGAAAGAAUAUCCAAAAUUCCAGCAGCACUUCCAGAUGCUCCCUAUCUUGUUUCAAAGGUUUUCCUUCAUGCAUUGACUAAAAUUGAGGGAACAACUCGUCAAAACGCUCAAGUCAAUGCUGUAGAUCCUGGUUGGGUCAACACUAGAUUGACCUCCUUUAAGGCUCCACUCACACCAGAUAAGGCAGCUCAAAACAUUCUCCAACUCUUAGACACACCUCUUCAAAAUGGACAACUCUAUGGAGAUGGAAAACUCAUCACUUAUGUAUAA